AUGUUUCUCUUUGUCGGCGGGAUCAGGAAGCUCCGAUCGUUCUCCACGGCGGCGGCUCAGCCGUAUCUCCUGGUCAGAGAGAGGGAAGUCACCGUGAAGUCGUCCAGUGAAAGAGUGGUCACCUUAAAUCUGUUGGAUCCGUGUAAGCUUGAGACGGUGAAGAUCCCCGGCAAGACUCUCCCGACGGAGGUUGCUAAGUCGUUGAGGAUAGGUUCAUCCAAGGGAUGGGUGGCUCUGAGGGACCUUCAAAAUUCGAAACUGCGUCUCACCAAUCUAUUUAACCCUUGUGCCUCUUCACCAAUAACAAUAACACUAGCCCCUGUCGAUGGGUGUUACAGAGGUUCAGUUGCCCGAGUUUACAAUGUCUCUCUCUCAGCCUCCCCGAACCAACGUGACUGUGUAGUGGCUGCUAAGUUGUUUGCUCCAGUCGUCAGUCUGUGUCGGCCUGGUGACUCGGAGUGGACACACAUCGAGACCCCAAACCAUUUCUUCACUUCAGCUGUGAUGCACUCUAUGAGAGACCAGAAGUUCUAUCUCCAUUCCCCGGAUACGGCUCCGACUGAUCUGAUCAAGACUUGCUCUGGCUUUAUGGUGUUUAAGCAAGACCAUGGUAAGAAGUUGUGUUCCUAUACACAAGACAUUGGAGAUCUCUGCAUUUUCCUAGGAAAGAACGAGUCCUUUUGUGUCUCUGCAACAAAAUAUCCGGGACUGGUCCCGAAUUCAGUCUAUUUUGAAGGCAUUCUUAACGGGUUCGGCUUUUACGAACUCAGCUCAAACACUGUCCACGAUCUCACGCAUUUGGCCCCUUUCUCCACCUUCUACUUAUGGCUUGCCCCUCUCGAGUAA